UUCAGUUUCUUCAUUUUAUCAUUGUAAUUGGUGAAAUAGCAACCAUUAAUGUCAGCAAAUGUGAAACUAAGCAAAACCAGAAACUUUUUUUCUUAUCAAGUUUGGCAAUUUAGGGUUUCAUUUUUCUUUUUUUUAGCUUUCCGUAAUGGGUAUGUAUGUUAAUUUUGACGGCUGGCUGGGAGUGUGGUGCUGGAACGUUUUGUAACUUUCAAGUGUUCGGUUGAAAAUAGUUAAUAGGGAGCAAUCACUUGAAAGCAAUUCCAUGUGCGAUUUGUAUGUUAGAAUUAAAGGCUUGUUUUCUUCAUGAUAAUCAGGUUGCUAUGUGAAGAUGACAAUGAUAAAUACACUCCCCAAGAAUCCCAGAAGUUGGAAGCUCUCGUUUCCAGAGUCAAAGUAUGUGAGAUCUAGAGCUGAUUUUUUUUUCCUUGCAGCAUGCUCUCAUAGAACUAAAUGUGCCUUGAGCUCAAAAUAUUAUUCCAGAAGCUGUUUCAUCCAUGUGGCGCAACCCUUCUCGGUCAGCAAUAACAAAAAAAUGGUGGUAGUCAUACGCAUACCGUUUCUUUUCAAAUUGCACAGAAAGAUGGCUUGGUCUAUUCGGAGCAGUGUUGAUGGCAGUGGAUUUGAUCCUUCCUCCACAGAUAGCCCUAAUGGCGGGACCAGAUUAAUUAGGACCAUCCAAGCUUUUCAAACCAAAUUGAGUGCAAGAAUUCAGGAGAUAAGGAAAGGUCUUCCCAUGAAGUUACUCUUUUUCUUGGUGGGAUUCUAUUGUGCAACUGCCUUUGCCACCGUUAUUGGGCAAACAGGUGACUGGGAUAUUUUGUCUGCUGCAUUGGCUGUGGUAGUUGUGGAAGCGAUUGGGGCCUUGAUGUAUAGAGCUUCUCUUCCUUUAGUUAGCAAGUUAAAAGGUCUGAUAACAAUGUUCAAUUAUUGGAAGGCUGGGCUAUCACUUGGCCUCUUCUUGGAUUCAUUCAAGUAUGAAAUGGAUAACAUUAUUGAGUCAAGUAACCCCUUCAAUUUUGAAAUAGAUAUGUUCACCAUAUUCUCAUAAUUCUUGGUUUUUCUUAGUUCUGUUGACUACUAUCUCUUUUGUGAUUGCUUCCAAUCUCUUGAAGUCCUUAGCUCGUGUCAAUCAGACUUGCGAGCGCAUGUGGAAGCUCAAACCACACUGGACAAGUGGAAAAGCCAUCCUGGGUCAAUCAAGUGGACCAAACAUUUACAAGUAGAACCAGCAUUUUGAUUUGAUAAUUGAUGGCCUUGAACAAAGUAAUAUUGAUUCUCCAGGCAAGAAAAUACGCAGAGAUAAGGGGAUUUAUAUCAAGCUCGUUGGAGAAGCUGUUGGAGGCCGUUGAAACCCAUCAAAGAAAAAAAAUGUCACUGAAGAUAAAGAGAAAGAUCAUCAAAGAGAUGAAGAAGAAGAUUGCUCAAGUUGAGCCGAGGCUAUCUAGCUCGAGUUUGACUUGUUUAAGCCAAAAACCUUGCCUAACUAGAUUGUUUUCAAAAUUUAAACUCUGCAUGAAAUGGAACUGAGUUGUACAACAUAUAUCAUCGUAUCAAUGAAUUGAUUAUUACAGGUAGGCCCUCCUAGAAGCCUUAAA